CUUUCUCAAACCCUUCAAUCCCAUUUCACUCCCCUCUCCCGCCAUGUCCGCGCCGGAAUCCACCACGACGACGAAUCGACGAUCGAAGAUUAAACUCGCCGCGGCCCAGAUCGCGCCGUGCUUUCUCAAAAAGACAGAGUCUACGAAACGUGUCUGCCAAUGGAUCCGGGAGGCAGGGAAACAGGAAGCCGGCGUGGUGGGCUUUCCCGAGACGAUCAUCCCCGGCUACCCUGCGUGGCUGGGUCAUGUACCGCUGGACGAUGCGCGCACGAUGCAGAACUACCAGAGGCUCUUCCACAACUCCAUUGCCAUACCCGGGCCGGAGACCGAGCUGAUCGGCGAGGCCUGUCGGGACGCGGCCGUGUACGCCGUUGUUGGGUGCAGCGAAAAGCGGGACAACACGACCGGGACUCUCUGGAACACGCAGAUGAUAUUCGGGCCCAACGGCGACCUCCUCCUCAAGCACCAGAAGUACGUUCCGACCGUCUUCGAGAAGCUGGUCCACGCGCCCGGAACGACGGGGGCGCAUGCGUCCGUUCAGACCGACUUCGGCGUCCUAUCCACCCUGAUAUGCGGGGAGAACUCGAACCCGCUUGCCGCGUAUAACCUGGCUUGCGAGAGUGCGACGGUCCAUGUGGCAUCCUGGCCGCCUUACUAUCCGGGCCCCUGGUCUCUGGAUCACUGCAGCCGCGUCUCAAGUCAGGGUUUGGCUUACACUCUCAAGGCGUUUGUCAUCAACGCGUGCGCAGCGAUCCAAGAUGACUUCGUCGAGGUCUGCGUCUGUAAGCCGGGCGAUCAACGACAGCUGGACCGCGAGAGAAGCGUUGGGAAAUCUUCCAUCGUCAAUCCCAUGGGGGAAGUGGUAGCGGAGCUCACGGAGGGAGGUAAAGGAUUACCUUUCGCCGAGGCGGACCUGGAAGAGACCACUGUCGCCAAAUUCACCCACGACUAUGGCGGGCAUUAUAAUCGUCCUGAGCUGUUCACUCACUUACUGUCUGCGUAGGGUACUUUCCUGCGGGUACAGGUAUGGUGCCGAAACCAUCCUUCUAAUGGUAGGCGACAGUAACCAGAUAUUCGUGGUCGGUGGUAGUGUCAGCUGCACGUUCGCAUUACCGCUUCACACGACUGAUGCUGGAAGUGGGAUUUCUCGGCAUGACUAGUUGCUGCCUUAAAAUCACCGCUGUUCAUGCUCCUUGUAUGUAGCCUUGUCUCUACAGGAUGCUCUUCAUUUCUAUUCUUGUUGCCCGUGGGCUAGACUGCAAAGCUUUGUCAGAAUUGACAAGUGGGCCUUUCCUCCAGCUUCAGGUACAAAUUGAACAGAGUCCCC